AAGGUACCACCCACAUGUAUAGUCUUACUAGUCCGGUUCAUCAAACCCAUUUCAGCAUGUGCCAACAAACCAAUUCUAUUUGAUGGAUGAAUCGAUGUUUGAGAAUCGAGACUGGGGAUCCGAGCGCGCGUCAGUCGUGAGAAGAUGACCUAGCUACUUGACUAACCCGACAGACUUGAACCAGUCCACAACAAGAUGGCGGGCGCUAUGUUAUUCGAGAGAACCGUUUCGACGGAAAGCAGGGAAAACAAAAAGAGUUUCAGCAAUCUGGAAGAGGACAGCGAUGAAAACAUCAAGAGCAAGGAGCAGGGGAUCCUCCAACUGGGGGAGCAGUACAAGAACGAAGGGAAGGCGAAGGAGCUGGCGGAACUGAUCAAGGCUACCAGGCCUUUCUUGAGCCAGAUCAGCAAAGCCAAAGCGGCGAAGCUGGUUAGGUCGUUGGUCGACUACUUCCUCGACUUGGAAGCCGGUAUCGGCAUUGAGGUCCAGCUGUGCAAAGAAUGCAUCGAAUGGGCGAAGAACGAGAAGAGGACGUUCCUGAGGCAGUCGCUGGAGGCGAGGCUGAUCGCGCUAUACUUCGACACCGGCAUGUUCACCGAGGCACUCCAGCUCGGUUCCAGCCUCCUUAAGGAACUUAAAAAGCUCGAUGACAAGAAUCUGCUCGUCGAGGUACUUCUCCUUGAGUCUAAGACGUACCACGCGCUGAGCAACCUCUCGAAGGCGAGGGCCGCACUCACUUCUGCCCGGACGACGGCCAAUUCGAUUUACUGCCCUCCGAAGAUGCAGGCCGCCCUCGACCUCCAGUCUGGCAUCCUCCACGCCGCCGACGAACAGGACUUCAAAACGGCCUACUCCUAUUUCUACGAGGCGUUCGAAGGGUACGACAGCGUGGAGAGCCCCAAGGCGCUCGUCGCCCUCAAAUACAUGCUCCUAUCCAAAAUCAUGCUCAACACUCCAGAAGAUGUGCAGCAGCUAGUGAGCGGGAAGCUAGCCCUUAAGCACGCAGGUAGGGACAUCGACGCGAUGAAGAAUGUCGCCAAAGCGAGCCACAAACGGUCGCUGGCAGAUUUUCAGCAGACGUUGAAGAACUACAAAAAGGAACUGGAGGAAGAUGUCAUCGUACGGGCCCACCUGGGAACCCUCUAUGACAACAUGCUAGAGCAGAACCUGUGCCGCAUCAUCGAGCCCUAUUCCAGGGUCCAAGUUGAGUUUGUCUCAAAGUCCAUCAAACUUCCAACACUACAGGUCGAAAAGAAGCUGUCGCAGAUGAUCCUAGAUAAGAAGUUCAAUGGGAUCCUUGACCAAGGAGAAGGCGUCCUGGUUGUCUAUGAAGAACCGGCUGUCGACAAGACUUACGAAAUGGCACUUGAAACGAUCAACAGCAUGGGUAAAGUCGUUGACACACUAUAUCAGAAGGCUAAGAAACUCUCUUAAAUUAACUAAUUGUAUUUAAAGAACAGAAGUUUAAAUUUACUUAUAUAUAUAAAAAUAUACAAAUUAAAACUAAAAAAAAAACUUUAAAAAAAAAUUUAAAAAAAUCAGCUAUAAUCUCAUUCAUCUGUAUGUGGAUAAGUCUGAUAAAAACCUGGAAAUAAAAUAUUUUCAUAAAUCA